AUGACCAUUCCAAAAAGAUCCCAACUCUCCGAAAAGCUUAAACGUCUCCGGAAGAAGUUCCGGGUCAUUUCUUCCAGGCUCGCUCGCAGGCUCAACCCAUCUGCUCUCUCACCUCAUGAUCACGCUUUGUUUGAUUUUUCUAAACGGCUUUGGAGUCCUGAGUUUUCUUCCACCUCCCCUUUUGGUAAGAGCUCUUCCGGCUUUAAUCUUGGGUUUUCACUAGAUCAUGAGAACAGUGACAUUGUUGAUGGGAAUGAUUUUGAGGAUUGUGAUCUGAUUGAGAAUGAUGGGGAAUUAAAGAUGAAUGAGGUUAAUGUGAAUUAUGAUUUUGGUGGGGGUAGAGAUGAGGUGGUCAAUGAUGGGCAAAUUGAUGGGGUCGUGGCAAAAAGCGUGCUGGAUGUGUUUGAUGAGUGUUUCAAAGAGGUUGGGAUGGUUUUCGCAAAGCAGGGUUUGGUUUGGUUGGAUACAAUGGAGAGGAGGUGGAAGGAGCAAAGGAUUUCAGAGUUGGACAUGUUGGGGAGGCGGUUGAGGUUGGUUAUCGAGAAUUCUCUGACUAGGCGAUGA